AUGUCGACACUACCAAAGCCUCUACCUGUUGUGCUGUGUGGCAAAACCGCAGCCAUAGGAGGGGGCGUGUCGGGGUUCCUGCAACCCGACUAUGAAGUUGUCCAUUUUAUUCAAUCCAAUGAAGCUGCCUUGAAAGAAAUUCCCGAGCUCUUGGCAGGACGUGAUCCCCAGUCCUCCGACGACAACGGCGUCGGUACUCAUGACUACAGCAAACCUCCACGCGCGGUUAUCUUUGGUCGGGGCUUCCCCCUUGAGAACAUCGAGCAGUACUACAAGGCUUGUGCUGGAAGCAAUGCGGACCCUGUAGCCUGGAUCGCGGGUGAUCCUGCUAAAAAGCCCGACCCCAAUGCACCCCCUCCAGGACCAGGUUAUGCCAAGUUCGCGACGGACGGUGUUAAAGCAGUGCUUGAGAAAUGGAAGGAGGAAGGGGCUACUAAGGAUGGAAUCAUUUUGUGGUGA